AUGGCCGACCUGGAUACUAGUGCGGACCAGGAAACUGAUGUGCAGUUCUGGCAAGAUCUCAGCAAAGUUCUUUCGGGCCCGUGCGACACACACGAGCAGAUUGAUGAUGCCCUACGCGGAUGGCUCGAUCUCGCGAGCGCAUUCCGGGAUCGAUUCGGCGACUUGGAUUCCGGAGUUCUGCACUGCGCUCACCAACUCAUCCACCGCCCGAUUUUCCAGGACAAUAAAGACUACGUCCGGGUGCAAAUCAUCUUUAGCUUCCUCCAGGAGGACGAGCCAAACCCUCUCCACACAAUCGCAAACUUCCUCCUCGCCGACGGGCGUAGCGAUGAUACCGUCUUCGGUCGCAUGAUAUCGGAAGGCUGUUUCCCGAGGCUCCUCGACUUUUUGAAUAGCAAUCUACUAAUGGACCCUCCCCUCUACCAUACAUUGCUCGAGCUGAUGUACGAGAUGUGUCGCAUGGAACGGCUACGAACGACGGACCUUUUGCAGAUUGACGACAGCUUCAUUGCUCGGCUCCUCCAGCUCGUCAAGGAAGGCUCUGGCGACUCUGACGAUCCAUAUCAGUACUCGGUGAUUCGCGUCCUGCUUGUCCUCAACGAACAAUACAUGCUGGCUGCCACAGAGGCCGAAGCAGCAGGCCCGCUCUCCCCGAGCUCGUCGCUCACGAACCGUGUGAUCAAGUUGCUCAGCCUUCACGGGUCCUCGUUCCGAGCGUUUGGCGAAAAUAUCAUACUCCUCCUGAACCGAGAAACGGAAACAUCCCAACAACUCCUCAUUCUCAAGGUACUAUACCUGCUAUUCACAACAAAAGCGACGUACGAAUCUUUUUACACAAAUGACCUAAAGGUCCUUGUCGACAUUAUUCUCCGCAACCUAAUGGAUUUGCCCGACGAAAAGAUAUCCCUCCGGCAUACUUAUCUCCGUGUGCUCUACCCUCUCUAG